AUGGACGAACUUUAUAGUGGGAUAAAAGUAAAGAAAUUAAAAUUCAAGGGAGAUAAAAAGACAGUAGAAGAAGUCGAGCCAGAACCAGACACAAUCGCCCACGGUGGAUGGCGCCUUAUAAAAAGUCUCAAAGAAAUAAAAAGAGCAUUUUCCGUAGCAAUUGAACUAAAAGAGAAUCAAUACAUGUUUUCUCAGGAUAACGGAAAAAUCCGGCUUGGUAGAGUUCACCCUCCGAGUGAGCCGUUUAAUUUUUACUCAAUAGACGACCCACCAGAUCCUGAAGAAAUAUUCACGUGCAUAAGAAUCGAUCAUAAAAUAGCCUUCAAGUCAGGGUACGAAAAAUAUGUUGGGAUCGACCACAAAAGUAAAGAUAUUGUCGGGAUGUCGGCCAUGAGUACCGAAAAUGAAAUGUUUCAUCCAGUCUUUGAAUCUGUUGUUUUCAUUUUAUCAAAUUUAAGGAUAAAAUGGCAUUAUAUGGAAAUAACGGUUACUUCUUGUCCUGUUCUGAUGUCAAUGUCACCUGUGAUAGUCAAAAAGACUGAUGUCUCUGAAAUUGAGGAUUCUGAGGAUAACACUCUUUAUGCAGCAACUUUAGUUGAUACAGAAUACAAUUUUGUUCGGAGAUAUCAAAGUUUUCAGUAUGGAAAGAUUAUGAUGACUAAGGAGGGGGAGGACUCUCUCUUUAAAGCAGACGGACAGGGACAGCUCCAUCGCGAAAUGCUCGAUAGACGUAUCAAGAUGAAAUCCGAUAAAUAUUGUCGCUAAUUUAUUCUCUUAAUUAUGUUAAAAAUACUUUUGUUAUGAUUA